AUUCGUGCGUACUUCGUGCCAAUUUUCCCAAUUCUAAAUCACCCUCACGCGCGCGCGCGUGCGAAACCCUUCACCUCGCAUGCUCGCACGCUUGAGCAUCAAUCUCUCUCUCUCCUCUGUCGCCGGACCAAUGAGUCGCCGGUGAAUUCUCCAACACGUGUUCCUUGAUUCUUCUCCGGCCGGAGCCUGACUGAUCGACGGAAAAUCGAUUCCGGAGCAUCUUUUCUUUUACCGGAAAGUUAUUCUUGCAGAAUUUGGUGUUGAGUUUUGGAGGUGAAAUUUUGGAAGAAAUCAGCUGGUUUAAGGCUCUGUAGACGUGGUUCCUUUCUGCUGGUGCUUGAUACCGAUAGGGCUUGAUGAAGAAAAGAAGAUGAAACAUGCCGUUUUUGAGAAUAAUCUUUCCUGCCAGUUUUGCAAAAAAGUCCAUAUAUAUAGUGGUAAUGGUACCAUAUGGAAUGUGCUGUUUGGACAUUAACUGCCGCUGGAUUGAGAAAUAGUGGAUUUGCAGUAUUAUAAUCGAUGAUAGAUUAACUACGUCUAAGGGGUAUAAAUUCAGAGACUACGUGAUUAUGGCAACGGAUAUGCAAAAAUUGAUAGGUACGAGUGAGGAAGAUGAUGAUGAAGAUGUGGAGAUGGAUGUGAAAGAGGAAGAUGAUGAAGAAGAUGAUGGGGCGAGGCGGAUUCGUAGUUCAUUAAUGGUUGGGGAUGAUGGAGGAAUGGUGUCAAGUGGUAGCAACAAUAACCGCUUUGAGCAGCACCAGGUACAAGAACAAGUGGGCACCCCUGGGGGUGGCCGUAGGUGUAGACCAUUAGAAGAGAAAGAGAGGACAAAGUUGAGAGAGCGACAUCGAAGGGCUAUCACUGCUAGGAUCUUGGCAGGUCUUCGCCGACAUGGUAAUUAUAAUCUUAGAGUUAGGGCAGAUAUUAAUGAUGUGAUUGCAGCUCUGGCUACUGAAGCUGGUUGGGUAGUUCUUCCAGAUGGAACCACGUUUCCUUCAAGAUCUCAGGGCAUCAAACAUGCUGGAGGAGGUUCUACUGCAGUAACUUCAUCUUCUUCCCAUUUGGCAUCUCAACAAACUCCAUCAACUUCCAUUAGGGGAGUCAGUUGUGGCUUUAGGAGCGUGCCAGAAUACAAUGCAUGUCGAAUGAAAGGUGUUUUUUUGCCUAAUUCCCCACCAUAUGAUGCAUCUCCAAAUGCUAGAUGUCAAAGUUCAUCCCUGAUGGGAGAUGCCGGGGAACAGUCAGCUGGUCAUCCACUUAUCAAUAGUUCAGUCGAUGCUGUAGAUGGAAUGCAGAUUGUUGACACAACACCAAAAUUACCUGAACGUGAUUUUGCUGGGAGUGCUUACAUUCCAGUUUAUGUGAUGCUGCCGUUGGGUGUCAUUAAUAUGAAGUGUGAGCUAGUUGAUCCAGAUGGCUUGCUUAAGCAGCUAAGGCUGCUGAAAUCAGCAAAUGUUGAUGGUGUCAUGGUUGAUUGCUGGUGGGGGAUAGUUGAAGCUCAUUCUCCACAUGAAUAUAAUUGGAAUGGCUACCGGAGACUUUUCCAGAUGGUGCAUGAAUUGAAGCUCAAGUUACAGGUUGUGCUGUCAUUUCAUGAAUGUGGAGGCAAUGUUGGCGAUGAUGUUUGUAUUCCACUACCUCAUUGGGUUGCUGAAAUUGGUCGGAGUAAUCCUGACAUAUUCUUUACUGAUAGAGAGGGAAGACGCAAUCCUGAAUGUCUCUCAUGGGGAGUUGAUAAGGAGCGAGUGUUAAGAGGCCGGACAGGUCUUGAGGUUUAUUUUGACUACAUGAGAAGCUUUCGUGUUGAAUUUAAUGAUUUCUUCGAAGAUGGUGUCAUCACAACAAUUGGAGUUGGUUUGGGACCGUGUGGGGAGCUUAGAUUUCCAUCUUUUCCUGUUAAGCAUGGCUGGAGAUAUCCUGGCAUUGGUGAAUUCCAGUGUUAUGAUCAGUAUUUGUUGAAAAAUUUGAGGAAAGCAGCAGAAGCAAGGGGACACUCCUUCUGGGCUCGAGGACCAGAUAAUGCAGGUUCUUACAGCUCUAGGCCACAUGAAACAGGUUUCUUUUGUGAUGGAGGUGAUUAUGAUGGCUACUACGGUAGGUUCUUCCUUAAUUGGUACUCCAAAGUUUUAGUGGAUCAUGGUGAUCGGGUACUUUAUCUGGCAAAGUUGGCUUUUGAAGGAAGCCGCAUUGUUGCUAAGCUCUCAGGUAUUCACUGGUGGUACAAGACGGCGAGUCAUGCAGCUGAAUUGACUGCUGGGUUCUAUAACCCUUGCAAUCGUGAUGGUUAUGCUGCAAUUAUGACAAUGCUGAAAAAACAUUCUGCUUCUUUGAACUUCACUCCGGCUGAAUUUCACAUGUUACACCAGCGGGAAGAUUUUUCUAAUUCGCUGUCUGAUCCCGAGGCAGUAGUCUGGCAAGUGACAAAUGCUGCCUGGGACGUCAACGUAGAAGUCGUAAGUGAGAAUCCUCUUCCUUUCCUCGACAGAGUAGGUUAUAACAAGAUAUUGGAUAACGCCAAGCCUCUGGCAGAUCCAGAUGGGAGAUAUUUGUCAUCCUUUAUCUAUCACCGGCUAAGUCCACUUCUCUUAGAAAGACAAAACUUCAUGGAAUUUGAACGAUUUGUCAAGAGAAUGCACGGAGAAGCUGUUCAUGAUCUCCAGGUAUAGCCAGCUAAGAUGUAUAAUUCAUCUCUCCACAAUUAUAUUGGGAGUUGUGAGUAUAUUGCAGAUCAGGGUAGUUGAUACUAUUAGUUUCCAAUUAAAAAAUUCUAGAUAUUGAGUCCAUAUUUAUUGUGAAUUAGAUGUAGCUGUUGCAAUGAUAAUGAUUAAACACAGCACUUGUAAAAGGUUAGUUUAUGCAUUAAAAUUGAAAUCACCCUUUUACAAUGGAUGCAAGAGGCUAUUUGGCACAAACACCAACCAAAGUA